AUGCAGAUGCCCGAUGUCCCCGUCAACGUCCCCAUCGACGACCCAAAUGCAGACACAGAAUGGAACGAUAUCCUGCGCAAGCAUGGCGUAAUACCAGAGAAACCUCCGUCGCCGACGCCGAUGAUCCAAGAAGCGCUCGAGGAAGCACGACGGCUCGCGCACGAGAACAGGCUGGAGGGGAAAGACCUGGACGAAUUGGCGGAGCUGGAAGAUGAAGAAGAUGAUGAGUUUCUAGAGCAAUACCGAAAAAAACGCUUCCAAGAGCUCGCGACGAUCAACACCGCCUCAGUAUUCAACCAAGUGUACCACCUCCAGAAGCCUGACUACGCGAAGGAUGUCACGGAAGCGUCACAGAAGGCAUACGUGUUUGUGCUGUUGACGUCCUCACAAGGGACAAAUGUCGAAUCCCGCGUCCUCAUCGAGAUAUGGCGGGACCUUGCCCAGCGGUUCGGGGACGUCAAGUUCUGCCAGAUCCGCGCGGAGCUUUGCAUUGAGGGCUAUCCCGAGAGGAACACACCCACAGUGCUAGUCUACAAGGAUGGGGAUAUCAAGAAGCAACUAGUCACACUGAGAGAACUCCAGGGUGUGAGGACAAAGGCUGCAGACGUGGAAAAAAUCUUGGUAGACGUCGGAGCCGUCCGCAUUGGAGACUCGCGUCUACAGCGCCAUGACAACGACAAAGAUGGCGAGCAGAGCUCAAAAAAGAUAAGGCAAGGCAACACGGCCGGACGAGGCGGGGACGACGACGACAGCGAUUGGGAUUGA